AUGGUGUUACCACUAUCUGUUAUUAGAAGCGCAAAUAAACACUCGAUUAUGGUAGAAUUAAAGAAUGGAGAGACUUAUUCGGGAAUGCUAAUUGGAGUCGAUGGUUUUAUGAAUUUAGUAUUAAACAAUGUAAUAUCCACAUCAAAAGAUGGUCAAAGAUUUUUUAGAAUGUCAGAGUGUUAUUUGCGUGGAAAUAAUAUUAAGUAUAUAAGAAUGAAUGAUAAUAUUAUUGGUACUGUUAAAGAUGAAAUGAUACAGAGAGACACAGUAAGGUCAUCUAUGAGGAGUAGAGGCCGUAGUGAACGAGGCUGUAGAGGCAAGGGUAAAUGGACAAGCUAA